UCUGAGCUUCCCACAAAAUGUCUUAUUCAUACAGAGCAUAAAAAACACCAAGAUCGCACAGAACUUCUUACAUCAGAAAACAAAUAUAUAGAUUGCGCAGACUUUUGCAGCUCCCUGGAAUUACUAGGAAAGGCCAUGGUCAGCCUCAGUAUUUGGACAAAUUGCAGUAUUUGUCUGUCGUAGGUGGAGAGAAAACGGGGCAUAACCGCUUGGGUUGGGCUUCAGCAGCCAUUGUUGAGACCACAGCUGCUAAAACUGACUGGAAACUCGGGUCGGACGAAAUUGCCCUCGUCAGCGUUUCCGUUAGAGCCUGCUGUGAUGAAGACUGGCUCAGCUUUUCCAAAUUUUUCGGGAAGAUCAAAAGAAAACCCGCCGCCACUCACACCCCAAACCGAGGAACCCGUGUUGGGUUCCACCGGAGAAAAGCUCAAGCCAGUCGCCGGAAAAGUCGGAUUUUGCUGAGAGGGUGGAGAAGAAUGGAGGCUGAAGCCACCACGUGUGGCGGAAGGCUCGGUGGUGAGAUCGAGGGUCACGGUGGAAUACGGAGGCACGGGUGGCGGGCCGUAAGGAUUGAGGGGAGGAGAGGCGGUGGGGCCGGAGAGGAGCAUGGAGGCGGCGGCAGAGGUGGUGGAGGCCAUGGCGGUGCCGGAGAUCGGAAUCGGGUGAUCGUGCGUGCCUUCGUAAGUGGUGAUCAAGAUCGACAUGUCGGCCAUGCAUCGUUGCACCUGAAGAUAAAAUUUAUGGUUGGUGUUUCACAUCUGGCUCUCACACAAACCCUUGCUCUCUUCACACUUGUCUGGCAAAUUUCGUCAUCUCUACUCGUUUUCGGCACUUCUCGAAUUUCCGGGCCCAGGAUUUUACCCGGGCUCGUGGGCCCAUCGUCGGUUUUUGAACUUUCCGAGCUGCAGCCCAGCCCAAGUUCGGUCGAGUCUCUUUCACAAGUGGGCUUGGCAAGAACGUUUUCUUUCUUGGUUUUGGCAUGAAUAUUCGUUCCGAGGCUAAGGGAUACUAAAUCUUGGUCCCGAUCAUUGCUGUAAUCGGAAUUUGACCAACCGUUGACCGGGAAAAUUGAGCUACGGUUUUUAUCGGAAUAUUCUUUUCGAGACAUGUCCAUGAACUGCACUUGUAGAGCUUUGUAAUCCUUCUCUACUUGCUGAAGAAGGUUUUUCAGUCUUGUGUUUUCUUCUCUUACUCCAGUCAUUUCUUGUUUUGUUGAUUCGAGUUCAUUAUCUGCCUGCAUGAUGUGAAAAUUGUAUUUUGCUGUCAAAUAUUUGAAAACAAAUUAAUUCAAAUGAAAUUAGAACAAAAAAAAUAAAAA